AACAAUUUGGCUUCAUUCUCUCUCUUCUUCUUCUUCUUCUUCAAAACUCUCUGAAAAUUCUGUACUCUUCACAAUCAUCAACAACAAUGGUUCAACUCAUGAGAUCUGAUUCUGAUAAUAAUCACUUCAAAAAAGUCAAAUUGGAAUCUCAACAAGAUGAUGAUCAUCAACUUCAUUCUAACAAGCGUCCCAAAUUUGAUUUCAACUCUGAUUCUCCUAAGUGUGAUUCAGGUGAUGAUUCGGGUCCGAUUUCAUACAACCCUUUGGAUGAACCAAGUCCACUUGGUUUGCGUUUGAAGAAGAGUCCAUCACUUUUGGAUUUGAUUCAGAUGAAGCUUUCACAAACUUAUGAAUCCAAGAAGAAAGAUCAGAAGGGUUCUGCUUCUGCUUCUGCUGCUGCUGCUGCUGCUGAUAGCAAGCUCAAGGCUUCAAAUUUUCCUGCUACUGUUUUGAAGAUUGGUACUUGGGAGUAUAAGUCUAGAUAUGAAGGAGAUUUGGUGGCGAAAUGUUACUUUGCGAAGCAUAAGCUUGUAUGGGAAGUUCUUGAUGGCUGUCUCAAGAAUAAGAUUGAAAUUCCAUGGUCUGAUAUCAUGGCUCUCAAGGCAAACUACCCUGAUGAUGCUCCAGGAACAUUGGAAGUUAUUCUGGCAAGGAGGCCCCUGUUUUUCAGGGAGAUCAAUCCACAACCAAGGAAGCAUACCUUGUGGCAAUCAACAACAGACUUUACUGGUGGACAAGCCAGCAUGCAUAGGCGCCACUUUGUGCAAUGCCCUCAAGGUCUGUUAGGGAGGCAUUUUGAGAAGCUCAUACAGUGUGAUCCCCGUCUCAACUUUCUGAGCCAACAACCGGAUUUUGUGUUGGAUUCUCCAUAUUUUGAGACUGGAACUGCAAUUCAUGACCACAUUGAAUUGAGUGAUGGUUUGGAUAGAAGAAGUGAAGGGAAAGCUGGGAUUUUUGGACUGCAUGAUGUGGAAUCAGGAUCUGGAGGUCAAUCAUCUUCCUCCAGAAGUGAACAAAAUCUUAUGGGUAAAGCUGUUGAAAACAAUUUCCAAGAAAUUACCUCACCUAGCUCAGUGAUGAACCCCCAUGCAAUCAAAGGUUUCAGGAGCAGAGGACCUGAAUCUGAUAAGUUUCUCAGCAAUUUGAGUCAGAUUAAGCUGCCUGGUCUUCACCCUUCGAUGUCGAUGGAUGAUUUGGUUAACCACAUCGAACACUGUAUUUCAGAACAGAUGGGACCUGAAAAUUCCAGCUUCACUAAUGACAGAGCUGUGUUGGAGGAAUUCACACAAUAUCUUUUCAAUGACUCUAUUUUUCCACCUGUCUCUGAUGAACAGUCUGAUGAACAGAAUGUCAUGUCAAGGGUGAACUCCUUAUACUGCCUUCUUCAGAAAGACCCUUCUGCACCUGAAGAAAAACAGGUUCAAAAUGGUAACAAUGUUUUCGAUGCAGCUGAAGAUAGAAAAGUUGAUGAGGGCAAAAGUAAAAUGUUUGAUUUGGGAUUUCAACAAGAUGAUGAUGAUGAUGCUUCUGGUAGCCAGCAGCAAGAAAAUGGUCUGUCCAGGAAAGAAUCAGCUGGAGAUUUGCUUCUGAAUCUUCCAAGGAUUGCUUCUCUGCCACAUUUUCUGUUUCCUAUGUCCGAGGAUUCUGGUAGUCAUGUUAGAUAGUAGUGAUCUCAUAAAGCUUAGCAUCACAAAAAACCUCUUUAUUGUAGUCUUUCGCACAGUGUGCAUAUUUUAUGUGCAUUUGGUUACUUAAUCUCAAUGGGAUUCAGAGAUUCUGAUUGAUGAAGAAUUCCAACAGUGAUAUUUUACAUUUCCAGUUAUAAACAAGACAACAAAAAUAUGUUGGUGUGUUUGGGAUAUACAACAGUUUUUUUCUUCAAUAAAAUAGACAGCAGCUUAUGUUUUUUAA